AUGAAUGGAACGGCAGGAAGAAUUCAGCUCAAUGAAUGUGUCUGCUCUGCUCAGAAGAAGAAAUCUGAAUGUGGUUUGCUGCGUCACUCCUUUUAUACACAAAUGGAGCGAUAUACUUUUAUCACUCUUUUUCUCUCAGCUGUUUUCAGUUUAUCUGCAUGUGUUCCAUGGCAGUAUCACUUUGUGAAUCAGAAUUUGAGCUGGACUGAAUCUCAGAGAUACUGCAGAGAGAAUUACACAGAUCUGGUCACCAUCAACAACAAGAACGACAUUGAAGAGCUGCUGAAGAGUGUGAAUGAUGAUCAAGUUCAGUUUGUCUGGAUCGGACUGCACAAGACAAACAAUAAGACAUUGAAGUGGUCUCUGGGUGACCCUGCAUUCUACACAGGAAAUGAUUUACAGUAUCGUAACUGGACAAAGGGACAACCAAAUGAUAAUGAAGACUGUAGCAAAAUGAAUACUGGAGGAUGGUUUGAUUCUAAUCACAGCACACAACACUUGCAGUUCAUAUGUUACAAUGAUGAACUGGUUUUGAUUAGAUUGAAUGUGAGUUGGAAUGAAGCUUUGAGAUACUGCAGAGAGAAUCAUGUGGAUUUGGUGUCAGUUCACUCAGAGCAGAUUCAGUGUCGGAUUAUGAAUGUGGUUAAAGACGCCUUGACUGCAGCGGUGUGGAUGGGUCUCCAUCACUCCUGCACUCUGGGCCUGUGGUUCUGGGUGAAUGGACAGAUCUUGUGUUAUCAGAACUGGGCUGCAGGUCACGGGACAGGACAGGAAGAUUGCAGCGAUGGAACGAGAGUUGGAGCAGUUCAGUCUGAAGGAGAUCAGCAAUGGAUCAGCCUUCCUCAAACUCAUAAACUCAACUUUAUCUGCACCAACAGAGAGAGAGAGAGAGUAAACCAAAUCCCCCUCUCUAAAACUUCCAAGAGUCACCUGUCGAUCAUGACGCUCUUUUUGGAGGAGUGCUGCAGCCUUCAGCCGUUCCUUGGCUGUAUCGAAUGCUACUUGCAGACGCUGCUGAUGCUCCUGCACCCAAUCAUUUAUCGACCCCACUGGUGUUUCCUUAACUCGACCAAGGAGAAAAUCAACAGGAAAAUGGGGCUCUUGGCCGAACAUUAA